AUUUCACUGUAGAUUAGACUGUAAACUACAGAAAAAUCUCUCAACUGCGUUAUCAUUUUGAUGAAGGAACUACAUUGAUAUCCACAUGUCUAGAAAAGUGCUGAUAUUUUGCCUUCUGUGGGCAUGUGUGGAUAUGUGUGAGUGUGAUCUGGCCCUGUUUGGGGAGGUUUCUUCUCCACAGUACCCUGACCCAUAUCCAGUGGAUAUCAUGCUACACUGGGAGCUGAGGGUGCCGGAUGGGUAUCAGAUCCAGCUAACGAUCAAUCACCUGGACAUUGAGCCUUCUCUAAACUGUUGUAACAAUUUUCUCAUGGUUGUGUUUAAUAAUAAGGUUCUGAGGAAGUUUUGUGGACAGAAUUCCACAGACAGGUUUCAUCCAGGUGAAAAGUCCAUCUUGGCUCCGGGUUCUCAUCUGCAGCUCUUUUUUCUGAGUGAUGAUUCAAACCUUAAAUCACACACAGGAUUUACUGCAUCCUACAAGGCUGUUGAUGCUGUGGAUUGUGGCGUUCCAGAGCUUUCAGAAUUAAUGGAGCUCUCAGAAAAUGAUCCUCCGACAACUUAUCUAAAGCAAAUCAGCCUCAAGUGCAAAUCUAAAUUUUAUCAUUUAGAUAAAAAUGGUAUUUUUAUCUGUAAUGCAGAAGGUAACUGGGUGUCUGAGAAUGGUGAAAAGUUAACAAAAGAUUUUCCUAAAUGUGAACCAGUAUGUGGAAUGAAUACUGAGGACUCUUUUGGUGGAAGAGUCUUUGGUGGGAAGCCAGCACAACUAGGACAGAUUCCCUGGCAGCUCUUACAUAGGGCAAGCCCUAGAGGUGGUGCAUCUCUGAUCAGUGAUUACUGGGCUCUAACAGCAGCUCAUGUAGUGGAUGGAUAUGAAAGCAAAUCCAUGAGUUGGUUAGGGGGAAUAAUUGAUGGUCAGGACACAACAUCAAUUAUUAUGGAGACUGAAAAAAUAAUCAUUCAUCCAAAAUAUAAUAGAGUUGGGCUUGAAAAACUACAAACAAACUAUGAUAAUGACAUUGCGUUGAUAAAAAUGUCUGCUAGGGUGCCUCUAGGUAAAAACAUCAGGCCGGUGUGUUUGCCAACCAAAACAGAUGAAGCUGUGAUGGAGGGCACAGUCUCAGGUUUUGGUGGAGUAGAAAAAAAGAAAGCGAGUCGAUAUUUACUUUACGGAGCUGUCCAGAUAUAUCCACUUGUUGAAUGUAAAUCGGGAGGUUUGUCAGUCACCGAUAACAUGAUCUGUGCUGGAGGAGAUGGGGUAGACAGUUGUAAAGGUGAUGCUGGAGGUCCUAUGUUUUUCCCUCCUCUGGACCAUGGGUCUCCAGACCAGCCUUAUCGUCUUACAGGCAUAGUGUCAUGGGGUCCUCCUAAUUGUGGAGAUGAAAGCUAUAAGGGCUACUAUACGAAAGUCCAAAACUACCUGGACUGGAUUGAAGAAACAAUGGCAAAUAAUUAA